UGGGGGUAUAUUUAUGCGAUAUAUCCAUUGAAUAUGUUGCAGGUUUGUUCAAGUCUUAAAUCGGUCAUCAUUCGUAUUUGUUGCUUUAGUGUCCCAGUCCAAUGAGACGCAGUACCCUGACAGCUGAAUGAGAGGAAAUGCUCUUCUCUGCGUUGGUUGGGAAAGGUCGAGUUGUUUAUGUCAUGCAAGAUCUCUCUUGGCUUUUAUUCUGUGAUGGGUUUAGGGGUGAGUAUGACUGUUCGCUCAAUGCAGAGAAUGCUGAAUAACUUGUAAGAUAACACUGAAGAAUGGAAAAAAUGUCAGAACUCUUCAUCUGUACUUGAAUUUCUUAUCAAGAUAAAACUCUCUUCUUGUUUUACCACUUCGCUCACAGCAUGCGUCUUUACUCUCAUUCUGAGUAAGCCACCAAGCCAAACACAGCAUGUGGCAUUGUCGCUCUCUCUCCGUCUAAGAACUGAGCAGCCCGUAAAGAAACACGAGCAAUGGCAGAGCAAGACCUACUAAUUACACGUGACCCUGAGGCUCGCCUUAAACGGGACCACCAAAGGACAGCUGAUGCAGUAGAUGUGGACCGCAAGGUGGUUGACCGUUUCAGGAGGAAGCUUAAAUAUUUUUUCAUGAACCCAUGUGAGAAGUUUCAUGCGAGGAGCCGUAAACCAUGGAAGUUAAUGUUGCAACUUCUGAAGAUAGUCAUAAUAACAGUUCAGCUGGUAUCUUUUGGACUGAGUAAUGAGAUGAUGGUCACCUUCAAAGAAGAAAACAUCAAGUCCUUAAAGCACCUUUUCCUGAAGGGAUAUGAAGAUCAGGACAAAAAUUAUGCUGUUCACACAAGGACAGAAGUGUAUGACCAUAUCAAUUACAUCAUAAAUCGGUAUUUAAACCUGCCGAAUCUCACAGUGGGAAAUCAUGCAUAUGAGAGGAAUGAUGGCGUCUACACCCCACUGUCUCUCUGCCAGGAGUUUUACCGACAUGGGAGCAUCUCCCCUGACAAUGAGACAUUUGACAUCGACCCAUUUAUUGAGACAGAGUGUCUACCCAUUGACCCUAUGAGGCCUCUCAAAGAUGAUGCUUCAGUACAAGAUAUGAAUUUUACCCUGGAUUUUCAGAGAUUACUCUCUGUUAAAGUCUACCUGAAUAUUAAGGCUAUAAAUCUGCAAUCAGUGCGUCACAAUGAAUUACCAGACUGCUAUGACUUCAGGACUAUGAUUUUGUUUGACAACACAGCCCAUAGUGGAAUGAUUAAGAUAUCACUGGAAAACCGUGUGCAGAUCAAUGUCUGCAAAGAGUGGAAUGUAUCUGGGUCCUCAGAUACAGACUAUCAUCUCAUCCAGAUUCUGAUGUUUGAUUCUGUCAUCAUUCUUGCUUGUCUGGUGUCUCUUGUUCUGUGUACACGCUCUGUGCUCAGUGGACUUCAGCUACAGUCUGAAUAUACUAUGUUUUUCCAAACACACUAUCGGAAGACAGUGCACAUGUCGGACCGUCUGGAGUUUGUUAAUGGCUGGUAUAUUCUUAUUAUAAUCAGUGACACACUAACCAUUGCUGGUUCUAUUAUGAAGAUUUGCAUCCAGAUCAAGGAACUAACCAACUACGAUGUCUGCAGCAUUUUGCUGGGAACUUCUACAAUGUUUGUGUGGAUUGGUGUUUUGCGAUACCUGGGCUUCUUCCAGAAAUAUAAUAUUCUGAUCCUCACCCUGAGGGCAGCCAUCCCAAAUGUGAUCCGAUUUUCAACGUGUGCUGUCAUGAUAUACCUGGGCUACUGCUUCUGUGGCUGGAUUGUGCUGGGACCACACCAUGAAAAUUUCCGUACUUUUAACAUGGUGGCAGCCUGCUUGUUUUCCCUCAUCAAUGGGGAUGAAAUCUACUCUACCUUUACCAAACUGCGGGAAAGAAGCUACCUAGUCUGGCUUUUCAGCAGACUUUAUGUGUACACUUUCAUCUCCCUGUUCACGUACAUGGUUCUCAGUCUCUUCAUUGCUCUCAUCACAGACACUUAUGAGACUAUCAAGCAACACCAGCAGGAGGGUAUCCCUGUGUCUGAACUUCAGGCCUUUAUUACGGAGUGCAAAGACCUGCCUGCCUCUGGGAAGUACAAGAUGGAUCCUGAGACCGACUCCUGCCUCUUCCUUACCUGUGCCUGCUGCAGCUGAGAGUGAUGCCUGAGAGGUUCCCACUACAGAGGCUGGUUGAGCUGAAGACACCUACAUGCCUGUGUCACAAAUUCUGCACUAGAUUUACCAGCUGUAGCCUAUACAAAGCAUUUAGACUUUAAGUGCAAUCUGUAUGGUUUGACCUUGCCCAAAUAAAAACUUGACGUGCUA